AUGGUCCCAAAAUUGGCAAAUAAGUCUGAAAUGAUCCUGUAUAAUAAAACGGUCCAUGUGCAACAUGUUAAGUUCUCGGCGAGAGUUGGAAGUAGUUUUCGGGGUAUUCGACCAGAGUGGGUGAGCGAAAGAAUAUGGAAAACUCUUCGUCUCUUCAAGCGUCACUUUGAAGAUGUCCGGCAUCUUAUUGGAAGCAUCCGCUACGGAUGCGGCUGCAGGUACAAUUUUAUGAAGAGACUACAUGGAAAUGGCGUGCUACUUCCAAAAAUACGUAGCUCCAAGCAGUGA